AUGGGUGCCACCGACGAUAUCUACAGCUCUAGCAUAUCUCACGCGCAUAUUGCAAAAGCUGCAGUUGCCUUGAAUACAACUCAUGUAGCCACGCCACCCCGCAACACAACCCCUCCUCCCCAAGCGGAGAAGAGGAAAUCCGACAGGAAAGCGACAGACGAAGGUGCACGAAGCGAUAGAGCAACCGUGGCCUCUGUUUCAGAUCCAAUAGAUCCAAAUGUGUUAAGCAAAGCUUUGCUGAAGGAAUUUGAAGAUGCUGGGAGACAUAGGGACAUUACGCCUGGGGGAAGCCCAAGCAGGAAGCGACAAAGAGUAUAUGGAGACAGAUUCAUCCCCAAUCGAGAAGGACAAGAUUUGCAAGCCAGCUUUAGCUUACUUCACGACGAAGGCUCGCCUGCUACUCCAUCGAAACAAAAGAAACGAACUCCUCAUGGCGAGCUUCAUUUCCAGAAGACCGAAGAAGCGAACCGGACCUUCUCAACAUUGCUUCGCUCUGAGAUUUUUGAUACGACCAUUCCCCAACCAACACCUCCUAAUCUCUCACCUGACACGACACUACUGCCCUCAUCACACUCAACCACGAUUAACGACCCGACAAGAUCGCAUACUCCGCCUAAUAAUUCCUCAAACCCUUCACUACCGACCUCAUUAACACCAUCGACUCCUCACAAGAACCUCUUUACAUAUAUGUCCCCGAGACAUCACACGAAUAUUCAAGGCCACCCCACACCAUCAAGAACACCGCAGAGUAGGCAUGGACCGAAUCUCAAUGCGAGAUCUGAGAUAUACAGUCUGUCCCCCGUUAGAUUUGGAAGCCAGCAAAUGUUGUUGAGUCCUCGGAAGCCGCCUCGAGCAGUCAGCAAAGUACCUUACAAAGUCCUUGAUGCACCUGACCUUGCCGAUGAUUUCUACCUGAAUCUUGUGGAUUGGGGGAGUAGUAAUGUUCUUGGCGUGGGACUUGGAAGUUGUGUGUAUAUGUGGAAUUCACAAUCAGGACGAGUCAACAAACUGUGUGAACUUCCAGAUGACACUGUCACCAGUGUUUCGUGGAUCCAACGAGGCUCUCACAUCGCCAUCGGCACUGGUAAAGGCCUCGUUCAAAUCUGGGAUGCAGAACGAAUACGACGUCUUCGUACUAUGACAGGUCAUACAGCACGAGUCGGCUCCCUUGCCUGGAAUGACCACAUCCUGACCUCCGGCUCUCGGGAUCGACUAAUUUACCACCGUGACGUCCGAGCACCAGACCAAUGGCUCCGAAAGCUAGUUGGCCACAAGCAAGAAGUGUGUGGGCUCCGAUGGAACUGUGAAGACGGCCAACUCGCAUCAGGAGGCAACGACAAUAAGCUCAUGGUCUGGGACAAGUUGAACGAGACCCCCUUAUUUAAGUUCAGCGACCACACUGCGGCCGUGAAAGCCAUCGCCUGGUCACCACAUCAGAGAGGUCUUCUAGCUUCAGGAGGAGGAACCGCAGAUAGGAGAAUUAUCUUCCACAACACACUCAACGGUACCACCAUCAACGAAAUCGAUACCGGGUCGCAAGUCUGCAACCUCGCCUGGUCCAAGAACUCCAAUGAGAUCGUUUCUACUCAUGGUUAUAGCCAGAACCAAAUCGUAGUCUGGAAAUACCCCUCCAUGACGCAAGUCGCGAGUCUCACAGGCCACACUUACAGAGUCCUAUAUUUGGCCAUGAGUCCAGACGGGAGAGUCGUGGUAACUGGAGCCGGGGAUGAAACCUUGAGAUUUUGGAAUGUUUUUGGGAGAAAACCCGGACAGAGAGAGGAAGGUGAUGCGGGUGGCGGAGGGAAACUGGGGGAUUGGGGCGUUAUUAGAUGA